AUGUCAUCGGACGAUAUCACAAUCCAAUACUUGAAGACCAUGGCAGCAACAAUUCUGUUGACUUCAUCAAUCAUCAACUCUAUUUUAGGAAUCGUUGGUCUAACAUUCAAUAUCUUUGUUUUCACUCGGCCAACUCUACGCUGUCAGCCGUGUUCAUUCUAUUUUUUAUCUUCAACAUUCUUCAAUUUCUUUGUUAUACUAAUCAUCAUUCCAACACGUAUUCUUUCGAAUAUUUACGAUAUUAAUCCAACUGAUUACAACGACAAUUACUGUAAAAUCGAAAGAUAUCUAUUUUAUUCUACUCGUACGAUACCUUGUUGGCUGAUUGCCUUAGCAACAAUCGAUCGUUUUCUACACAGUUCGUCGAAUUCAUCGUUCCGUGAAAUGAGCUCGUUGAAAAUUGCAAAAUUAGCAACUGGAUGCACGAGUUUGUUUGUUUUCAUUGUUUAUAGCCACAUGAUCGUUUACUACGGAAUUCAUGAUAAAACAGACCGAUUCGGUCAAAUUUCAUCGCAAUGUAGUGGUGCGCCAGGCAUUUACAGCACAUUCCUGAGUAUUUGGCAGAUGAUAUUCUACUCAGUUAUUCCAUCAUCUACCAUGCUUGUUUUUGGCUCUCUGACAAUUAAAAACGUCCGCGGACGAUGUCAAACUAUUCCGAGAGCUGCAGAAAAGAAUCGAUCCAACAGACGAACAGAUUUUCAACUGCUACGUAUGUUAACAGUUCAAGUAUUAGUGAUCAUUGUAUGUACUUUACCAGUAUCGAUAUAUCGAGCAUAUAUGGCAAUAACGAUAAAUGACAUGAAAAAUGAACUACGACUUGCGCAAGAAGAAUUAGCUUCUCAAAUUGUACUUUCGCUAACCUAUUUUGCUCAUUCAACAAGCUUUUAUAUGUAUACACUUUCCGGUACGAUAUUUCGUAAAGCGUUGAUGAAACUUUUCGAACGUUAG